AUGGCGUGUAACAUACCCAACCAAAGACAGCGGACUAUGUCAACAACAGGAAACACUCUGUAUGAAGUUCUUGGUCUGCAGAAGGGAGCUUCAUGUGAAGAAAUUAAGAAAUGCUACAGAAAAUUAGCCCUGCGAUACCAUCCAGACAAGAACCCAGAUGACGCGUCUGCUGCUGAGAAGUUUAAAGAAAUCAACAAUGCCCAUGCAGUCCUCACUGACCCAUCCAAAAGAAACAUAUAUGACAAGUAUGGAUCGCUGGGGCUCUAUGUGGCUGAGCAAUUUGGAGACGAUAACGUUAACACAUACUUCAUGCUGUCAAGUUGGUGGGCAAAGACCCUGUUCAUCAUCAUCGGCCUCCUGACAGGCUGCUAUUUUUGCUGCUGCCUUUGCUGCUGCUGCAACUGUUGUUGUGGACACUGUCGGCCAAAGUCAUGGGCCCCAGAAGAGGACUUCUACGUGUCACCAGAGGACCUUGAGGAACAAAUCAGGACUGACAUGAAAGAAGAUAUGGACUUUCCAGUUGUUCUCCAGCCUACAAAUGCAAACGAGAAGACACAGCUAAUCAGAGAAGGAUCUCGAAGUUACUGCACAGAUUCUUGA